ACACGAGGUACUGUUAACAAUACUGCCUUUCAUUCCUUUUUGCCUCUAGGUUUGUGUAUAGUUGUGCUUUGCAUGUCCUCUGGAUUUCUACACACACACACUGUUUGUUCCCUCCAUCAGCAUGAAACCACAAACACUCAUUAAGCGGGGUACUUCUUCUUCAGACCUCCAGUGUCUAGUGAUUGCUCCUCAGCCCACUGCAAUUAGUUUCUUGUUAAGGGCGUUGGCUUUUCUUUUCAGCACCAUUGUUGUGCAGGUCUGGCGGUGGACCACCUGUAGGCCAUCUGCUCUGCUUUGCCGUUUCUUUGUCGGCUUCCUUUGACCUUUUUUCCUUUUGAGCCAAUUUUGCCCGUCUGCUGACUGUUGACUCGACUACCUCUUUUUGGAUGGUGGCUUGCUGCAGAUCCACAUGGGACACCGCCGAGCUUAAAUAGCCCAGCACGUUGCCUUUCUUGACAAGCUCAAACCAGCCUGUUUGGUGCCUGCUGUCAUACUUUUAAAGGCAAUUCAAAGACACUUGCAGAGGGUAUCGGAGGCUUUUCCUUACCCGUGUUUCACUUUUGUUCAUUCUUCCCUAUGUAUACUCCAAUGUCUCAGUUGUCUCAAAAUGUUCAUUUUCAAUUUUGCUCCAUUGUUAUUUCUGUGACUUCUAUUGAGUGAUCAUGUCAGUGCAGAUGAGAUCUGUGACACGUCACUGGUUUCACUUAUUAAAUGUAUUUAAGUCAUAGCAGGCCAAUAUGGCAACUACUGGAUGCAUGUUUUAAAUGGGUAUAUAAUAGCCUACAUGUAAACUGCAAAGAAACACUAAAAACCCACAAACGCUGUGAUCCACGUUCCAACAAAUGUAUUCUAUUAAAAGAAGUUAGCAAAAUUAACUCUUCGCAAACUGAGCAGAGAGGCUACUGUACAACAAUAGAAUUUAAAUAAGCAUAUAGCCAUGCUAUUGUCAAUUAAUUAAAGACAGUAAUCGACAUUAAUGACGAUGCGGUCUAAAAAAUAAAAUAAUAGGCUUGUUUGUCCGACUUCCGCGUUUGAUAAAAACUUCUGUCUAAUGUUAGUAAUAAUCCGCUGUUAUACUCUGGUUCUUCUCUUCUUUCUACCAUCCAGGUAGCAUCCCGUCAUGAAGUUCCAGGAGGUCAGCAAGCAUUGGAGCUGACGCUGUCAGCGAGCCCGGCACAAACGGUCCCGUCUCUACCAGACCUUCACCCUCUACUGCCUUCCUCUCUAAUCUUACUCCUGGGGAAAACGGCUCUUCAGACUGAUUGGCUGCUCACUCCCUAUCCCACAAACUGUGCUGUGCUCCCUACCCCCUCCUAAUAUACAAGAGAGCCCAGGCCUGCAUCUUGGUCCAAGUACAAGCCAGGUCUCCUGGCUAUUCUUCGGUACCUGGAGCUGUUUAUCCGCCAACCGCUCCGUGAUAGCAGUCCUGCAUCCCGCACCCUGGGCACCUCGGCCUUCUCGAUAUCAUCUGUGGCCAAUCACAGGCACCCAGUGAGAGCAGCUGUCCACCCAGACAAACCCAGGACCCGUCAUCAUGUCCAGUCGACGGAAGGCCUCCACUCCCUUGAUGAUCCGACCAGAGCGGACCAUGGUGGAGCUGGAUGACGACACAGAAGAAGACAUGGAGACGAAAACGGAGAACCAUAGCGAGGAGGGGCCUAUGGAGGCAGAUCUCUCAACAGAGACGGAAUUAGACCUGAGGGGCAAGGCCUUGGACCCCCCCAUGGGUCCAGACAAACCAGCAACAGAGCCACCAGACCUAUCCAAGCCUCCGCGUAGGCAGCAGGGGGGCUACGAGUGUAAAUACUGCCCCUUCUCCACGCAGAACCUCAACAAUUUCAAAGAACACGUCGAUGCCAACCACCCCAACGUCAUCCUCAACCCGCUGUACCUGUGCGCCGUCUGCAACUUCAACACAAAGAAGUUCGACACACUGACGGAACACAACGAGAGGUGUCACCCAGGGGAGAGCAACUUUAAAUUCAAACGCAUCAAAAUGAAUAAUCAGACAAUCUUGGAACAGACGAUAGAGGGGUGCAGUAACAGCGCAUUCGUUUGCAACACGUCCAGUGCCGUUUGUGGCAAAGGGGACGAACCGGGCGCUCUGCCACUCAGCAAACCCACCACGGUGAAGAUCGGGAAACCAAAAAUAAUGUCGUCGGAUAAUAAACGGACAGAUUUGGCCAAGAAACCAAUUACAGCUUUCAAUUUGAACGGAACGGUCCUCUUCCCCGAGUCGACUCUACUCAAAGCAGAAGGCCUUUCUCACAUCAUGCCUUCCCUACAGCGGCCUGUAAACUACACUCAGGUGCCGAAGAUCGCAGUGCCCCUCAACACAACCAAAUACAACCCCUCGCUGGACGACAACCUGACGCUCAUCUCUUCCUUCAACAAGUUCCCUUACCCAACACAGGCUGAGCUCUCCUGGCUCACUGCAGCCUCAAAACAUCCAGAGGAGCAAAUCAAAGUCUGGUUUACCACCCAGAGGCUGAAGCAGGGCAUUAGCUGGUCACCGGAGGAGGUGGAAGAAGCCAGGAAGAAAAUGUUCAACGGAACAAUCUCCUCCGUGCCUCAGACCUUCACCGUGGUAGCUCCUCACCUCAACUCCCAGUCAUCCAACUCGUAUGCCUCCACUGCAGCCUCCAAAGCCAUGCAGUCGGCAGCCUCUGUCCUGCAGUCCCUCCCCUGUCACCUCCUGGGACAGACCAGCCUGGUGCUGACUACUGUAGCCAACGGCUCCACUGUCACUUGUGCACCGCUGGCCCUCACCGUGGCUAACCAGGUGGCACAGUCGCUGAAACGACCCCUGACCUCCCCUAUGAUCUCCACGGAGAGUAAACGACCGUCCAUCAUUCAAACCAUCUCGGCGCCGAUGGUCACAUCCAAGCUGGCGUCACCCAAAGUGCUGAGUUUCACAGUUGACCACAACAAAACAGCGGAGCAGUUAUCAGUACUGAGGUCCAGCUACACACACUGUCCUUUCCCCGAGGAAGAUGAGAUCUACAGGCUGAUAGAGACCACCGGGCUGUCCAGAGGAGAGAUAAAGAAGUGGUUCAGUGAACAGAGGCUACUGAAUCUGAAAGGUAUGUGGUGGGAUCAGGGCCACACAUCUAAAGUGAUAAACCACUCUGACUGAUCACACAUCUUUUUGUAGGUUCUAAACAAGCUCAUUCAGUUUUACAGAAGUAGUUUUUUAAUUGCUAUUAUUAAAACAAUACACUGAGAAAGCAAAAUUGUGUUUAAUCGUAGUUGAUGUAGGGGUGGAAGCUACUGUGCUGUGGGCUAAUACUUCUUGGCGGUCACGUUUACACACAGGUGCCAUUUUCGCAUGAUAGUUUCAUGUCGGCAGGAAGUUAUGUCACAACCACACACACACAAACGUGUCAAUGAGAAGAAAACAUAAAGUUCACAAUUAGUCACAACUGCAUGUCCAAAAUGCGCUGAGGAGGAACAACCUCACUAUUUGAAACAACCAACUUAAUCAGACAGUUGUUAUUGUAGUUCAUUCCCAUGCUUGCUGCUCAGAGUAAUCGCAGUGACCCGCUUGUCUGUUGAUAGCAUGGAGCUGAACAGCUAACCUUCAGGGGGUUCUGGUAGACGGUGAUCUGCACACUCCCUGUUUGGAGAAGCAGACAUGAGUACAGGCACAGCAGCAAAGCAAUGCACUGCUGUGGAUGCUCAGCAAAAUGUAUUUUGGCCACCUAAAAUACAUGCCGACCUAAAAAAAAAAAGAAAAUCAAUUCCAGCUCAAUUUUACGCUAUAUUUAGAAUAUUUUCACCAGUU